GUCGCCAAAAACAUAUAAAUUGUAGCCAGCGCGGUCCAAUCGCCACUAACGGUUCAAAUCCUCCCAACAGCAUCUUGCGGCGGAGGCUCCCAGUUGACGAUCCAGCGAUGAGGUUCUCCAAACUUGCUGGGCUCCUGCUGCUACUCUUCAUCACAGAGUGUCUCUUGGCGGAGGCCAGUGAGGGGCAACAGCAGCGGAGGAAGAGGAAGGGCAAGAGCCAGCAGCAGCAGUUAGGGGAAUCACAGGACGGGGGCAACAAGGCACCGAGCCUGGGAACCGACGGGAAGAAGCAGAGGAGGGGUCGCGGCUCAGUGCCCAAGCAGGGGCGCUUCGUCAGCCGGGAGCAAGCACAGUGCAAGUGGGCACUGCGAGGACAGGAAGACUCUGACAUAAACCUGCGUGUGGAUUGCAAAAAAGAACUGAGCGACUACUGGUGUGAGUUCACCGGGAAACCGUCAGCUUGCGCCAAGUACUCGCAAGAUGCAAAGACCUACUGGAAGCAAAUCACCCGGGCACUGAAGAAGCAGAAGGGGAUCUGCAGCCAGCCCUCGGCAAUGCUGAAAUCCAGUUUGUGCCGAAGCACAAAAGCAGCUCAUCUGAAAAUGACCGGCUCCAGCCUGCUAACCCCUGCAACCGCGGGAGAGGAGCAAGCGAAGAUACUGAGCCCAGCCCCUGUAACAGAUCCUGACAGUCCAGAUGCAGACAAAAUAGCUGCGGAAUAUUGUAAUGAUAGAUGGAGUUCUGUCUGCACGUUCCUGUUUUCAGCAAUCCAGGGCUAAGACUGCAGGGUCUCUGUGAUGUUCUGUCUCUGUGAUUGUCCAUUUUACUUCCUGCUUAAAGAAUGGGACUAUAUUGUAUAGUUGAUCAAUUGUUUUAGAAAUUCCAUGGUUUAUAAAAUGAGUUUGUAAGAUGUAAGUUGGCCCUAAUUUAUUAACAGGCAUUCUGAAUACACUUGCUAUCGGUUUCCAGCCGGUUCAUGUUGCACGACAGCGCCGUGGGUGUAUCCAGACAAAUGAAUAAAUCCCACUCGCUGUCCGCCCUCAAAGCAACCCAUUACCACCAUCCCCGUUUGAAAACAGUUGCUUUCGCAGGCAGCUAAGCAGAAUGUGUUUUAUAUACACGUGGCGCCAGUUUUAAUUUUUUUUAAAAGGUCCAUGUUGUGCUUUCUCCAAAGACCCAGCAGUCUUGAUGGGUUGUAUAACCAUGUCUUACGGUCAAUAUCGCUCAUACUUCGGGGAAUAUGUUACGUCCAUUAAUCACACAGCCGCUAGUUCUACUGACAUUUCAAAGAUCUUUUCUAAAACAUUAACACGAGCGUAUUGUAAAUAACUGUUAAUAAAAAGCCUUUCUGAAAACA